UAUGGUUAAUGUCUUUAUCUCAAACGCUCUUUAUCACAAUCGGUAAUAUAGAAUCAAUAUAGAAAAAUAUAGUAUUGUUAAAAAAAAUAUUAAUCAAUAAAUAACGACUAACUCAUUAAAAGGUGUAACAGCAGUGACUGCUUUAUUUACCAUGGAGAAAGGUGGCAAUCCCCCGCCAUAUGGUUGGAGCAACGGGCGUACGAUGCAGCCUCCUCCGGCUGCUCCGCCGAGCUAUUCCCAAGCUGUUGGAGGAGUGGGUCCCUCUAGUCCGUACACCCCGCAAUAUUCUCCAUCAUCUGGACCAGCUAUAGUCACUACAGUGGUUCCAGUGGGACCACAGCCCACGCACAUGAUAUGCCCAAGUUGCCAUGCUGAGAUGAACACUUACACACAGACAAAGCCAGGACUUAUUGCCUAUAUAUCUGGGGCAGUUAUCUGUUUCUUGGGAGGUUUCCUUGGCUGUUGCUUGAUACCCUGUUGCAUAGACAGCUGCAUGGAUGUCCAUCAUAAAUGUCCCAACUGUGGAGCAUAUCUCGGUCGAUACAGGCGAUAAAUAUUCUUAAAUUAGAUCACUUAACGAAGAAUGUGUAUUACUGAAGCAAGUACUGAUCUAUUUCCAAGCACCACACUAUCUUUCUACUUUAGACAAUAACAGUCUUUUAGACUGAGAAUGAUUUUUUUUGUAUCAUCACAUUGCCAAACUGAUAUAAUGAAUGAUAUGUUUCUUAUUUUGUUAUAUAUACUACUGGGAUUACCUGUCUAAUAAAAUAAAAAUAUAUAGCAUUAUAUUAAAACAACAUUGCAAUUGUCGUAUCCA